AAUAUUUUAAUUACAUUUUCCUCAAUGUUAGUUGCAUAUUGUUGAUAAUUCGUUGCCAUUUGAUGCAGUGAUUUUGUAAAGAACCGUCGUGUGUAAGCAAAAUGGGAAAACUGUAUCUCUUUUUACCGCUAAUCGUGUCUGUUCUCUUAGUCUCUGCUUCAGAAGAUAUAUGUUUACAGAAGUUGGAAUCAGGACGUUGCCUUGCUUAUAUGCCGAGAUAUGGCUACCAAGUUGCCACUAAAAAAUGUGAACGGUUCAUUUACGGGGGUUGUGGUCAAAAUGACAAUAACUUUGUAACGCUGGAAGAAUGUCAAAGGAGAUGUGAGAGACCCUAAAAUAAAUAAGGAAUAAUCUAAUAAGAAUACAUGAAAAAUCUCAGUAACUUCAAUAAAACUGUAUACCGAAAAUAAAGCAAACUACUUUUAAA